AUGGACGAAUUUGACCUGAUAAGUCAGCUCCUGUUAAGGCGGUCGCAAGAAACCCUCCAACAGCUCGAUGAGCGUAUAGAGAAGCAGCGAAAUUUACACUCAGCCGGAAAGGUUAACACUUUGGAAGACCUGAAUUCUAGUCUGCAGGCAUACUAUGUUCAUUUGAGUCAACUAAAUGAUUUGUAUUUCUGGGCCCAGAGCAUACAAGCAGACGCAACUGUUUCGCAAAAAUCGAUAGCGGCAGCAGAGCUUCUCCAAGAGCUCGAUAACAUAUCAGACGCAUUCCAGGAACAAACGGCUACCACCUUAGAUUUAAAUGCAUCGCCUAGUUCUGCAUUCUCGUUCCAGCCGAGACCCCUGAAGAUAAUAGAACGAAGGCACGGGGGCAGAAAACCAGAGUCGCCGGCCAAGGUUCCUUUAGAUGCACAGCCUUCGUAUCCGCCACUGCGAACUUCAAGCUCGAUGGGUAAUUCAUUAACUUACUCGAAUUCAUGGCACUCGAGCCCACCAAGAUCACCAAUCCCAACGGCUCAGCCAAGGUAUGUGCGAGGGGCCAAGUCUUGUGAUGCUGGCUUGAAUAGGGCAAAUGAUCCCCAUGAGAAUAGGCUCAGUUUUUUCAAAGAUCGACAGAGACUGUCUAUUUCAUUUGUCGAAGAUGAUGAAUAUUCAUCUGACGAGGAGACGGUCAUAUCCCCCAGCCCGGUGAACACGCCAUUUUUAAAAAACAACACUGUUGCAGGAUCAAGUGUACUUAGGAAAGCUGUGGUCAAAGAAGCUAACAAUUUUGGCAAAGCCGCCCAAACUGAUUUGCCAGUAAAUGGUACGUUCAAUUUGCCUAGGUUACUCCCGAAAACUCCUACGGUGGCUCAGUGCCGAAUAACUUCUGUCGAUUAUAAACCAGAGAUCAACAGCGGGAUCUCUGUGUACUCAGGGAGAACCUCUAGGGAACUGCUGUUCAAAGUUGCCACCACGAAGUCCCAAAACAAGAACACUACGAAAUCCAAAGUGAAGACGAAGUCAUGGUUUAACGACGGUCAACUUCUCGGGACAAUCAGGAAUCUCAAUAACCAGGUGCAGGUCACCUCGGAGACAGGAACUGAGCGACAUGAUCCAUUACCAGCAGCCAAAAUGCUCAAACAAUCACGAAGACCUUUCGAAUAUAGACAGCCGCCACAGCCUUAUGGCAGCAUUAUAAUUCACGGGCCCAGUGGCUCUAAAUUUGUCACAGCUCCCCGACAAACGGAACUUCACUUCAAGGUGUCGCACGAUGCGCUGCGAGAUGCAUUAAAUAGUGAUAUUAUUUAG